AUGUCUGCCUCGGCUGCGGCACGCCCCAGCAAGCCCUCGGCCUACACGGAGCUCUAUCGCCCCCAGUACCACUUCAGCCCGGAGAAGAACUGGAUGAACGACCCGAAUGGCCUCGUGUACGAUGCCAAAGAGGGCGUCUAUCAUCUUUACUUCCAGUAUAAUCCCGGCGGGACGACGUGGGGUGCAAUGUCCUGGGGUCAUGCGACGAGCAGGGACUUGAUGCAUUGGACAGAACACCCUGUUGCGCUUCGUGCGAAGGGUUUCCCGGAUAAUAUCACAGAGAUGUUCUUUUCUGGAACAGUUGUUAUUGAUGAGCGGAAUACGAGUGGGUUUGGGCGGAAUGGGAAGACGCCUUGGGUUGCAAUGUAUACGUCCUACUACCCGAUGGAGCAAGUCCUGCCAAGUGGGAAGCGUGUCAAAACAAACCAGCAAGCGCAGUCUAUCGCCUAUAGUCUUGACAAGGGCAUGACGUGGACUACAUACGACGCUGCGAACCCUGUUAUCGCCGACCCUCCCGCUCCAUACCAGGACCAGUACCUGGAGUUCCGGGAUCCCAGUGUCUUCUGGCAUGAAGAGACUCGCCACUGGGUUUCUGUGAUCAGUCUUGCAAAACUGCACAAGAUCCUGAUCUACACCUCGCGAGACCUUAAGCACUGGGACUUGGCUAGUGAAUUCGGACCGGCCAAUGCAGUUGGUGGAGUCUGGGAAUGCCCGAGUAUCUUCCCACUUGCGCUCGACGGCAGCAAGAAGACGAAAUUUGUUCUCAUGCUGGGUCUUAACCCCGGUGGCCCGCCAGGAACCGUCGGCUCUGGCACUCAAUAUAUCGUGGGCGACUUCAACGGCACCACAUUCACGCCAGAUGCGAACAGCAUCUAUGACGGGAGUGGUCCUGAGGACAGCGUGAUCUUCGAAGACUUCGAAGGAGACAAGACAUUUGCUGCCCGGGGAUGGACGGCCACGGGUGACUUGACCAGCGCGUCCCCGUCGAAGGGGACGCUCCCCGGGCAGAACCCAGUAACGGGAUAUCUCGGUCAGCAGCUGCUGAACACGUUCCUCAAUGGAGAUGCCACAAUCGGUACACUCACAUCCACCCCGUUCGAAAUCUCGCACAAAUACAUCAACUUCCUCGUCGGAGGCGGUAACAACGUCAACGAAACCGCGAUCCGGCUGAAAGUCGACGGACAGGUGGUCCACACUUCCACAGGAUCCAACAGCGAAGGUCUCACCUGGCAAAGCUGGGAUGUAAGCACGCUGCAAGGAAAGAGAGCGGUGAUUGAGAUAAUCGACAACAGCACGGGAGGCUGGGGUCAUAUCAACGUCGACCGGAUUUCCUUCUCCAACAAGCGCGCAACGAACACGAUUGCGAACUGGCUGGACUGGGGACCAGACUUCUAUGCGGCGCUUGGGUUCAACGGUCUACCCCAGGACCAGCGCACGAUCAUCGCGUGGAUGAAUAACUGGCAGUAUGGGGGGGUCAUCCCGACAGAUCCCUGGCGUAGUGCGAUGUCGGUUCCCCGGCAUCUAGCGCUGAAGACGAUUAAUGGGAAGGCAACAGUUGUCCAGGAACCCGCGGGCAAGUGGAAGCCACUUACGCAUGGUGGUCAGACCUUCUCUUUCCCCCGUGUGGAGGGUGUCCGCGGUCUCGGGCGUAUCGGGAAGACUCUGGAGCUCGAGUUGACCUUCUCGAGCAGGCAGUCGCCCCCGACUGCGAAGGCCGAAUUCGGAGUUGCCGUCGCUGCCACAAAAGACUAUAGUUAUGAAACCCGCGUUGGGUACAACUUUGCAACCCAGCAGGUCUUUGUUGACCGCACCCGCUCAGGAGAUACAUCCUUCGAUGGCACGUUCGCGAGUGUGUACUAUGCCCCUCUGGCUCCGUCGGCAGACGGGACUGUCUCCCUUAGGGUUCUGGUUGACUGGUCGAGUGUUGAGGUUUUUGGAGGCAACGGCGAGGCCACGAUUACGAGCCAGAUUUUCCCUGCGAGUGAUGCUGUGUACGGUCGACUCUUCUCUACUGGCGGGGAAACCAGAGAUGUCAAGCUGCGCGUGAAGGAAGUGCGCUCUACCUGGCGGUGA